ACAAUCUUUGAAAAGUCGGAUUUGGGUGAUGUCUGCAGACUCCUAUAAUAAGAAGCCGGCUCUUAACGGUAUUUCCAUGCUAAUUUUACUCCACAAGACAAACGAAAUCUGAUCACACAAAUUAGCUGAGGUUGUGGGGAAAGCAUGGAAGGCGUAGAGAGAAAAAGGCCUCACAUAGUACUGUUGCCCCUGAUGGCACAGGGCCACAUAAUUCCAUUCUUUGAGUUGGCCAAAUUGUUGGCCAGAAGAGGAGGAUUUCUCAUUACAAUCGUGAAUACCCCUCGUAACCUUGUUCGACUACAGCCCAUGGUUUCAUCAGCCUGCAAAGUUCAUGAGAUAGAAAUUCGCCUUCAAGAACUGCCCUUUCCAAGAGGCAUCGAGGGGGUGCCUUCUGAUGUGGAGAACACCGAUGCUUUGCCUUACAAUCUCAUGUUUGUGCUUGUCCGGAGCACCGAGCAGCUCGAGAAGCCAUUCGAACAGCUCCUGCGAAGGCUCUGUGAAGACGAGGACAGCCGACCCACAUGUGUCAUCAGCGACAUGUUCUUCGGGUGGAGUUUGGAGGUCUGUAAUCGGGUAGGAAUUCCCAGGGUGACCUUCUUGACCAUGGGGGCCUUUGCGACUUGUGUUUAUAACUCCCUCUGGAUGCAUCUCCCCCACAAGAACACCGAAUCUGAUACGUUUUCUCUUGCCCCUGAUCUUCCCCAUGUUUCGUUUCAUAGAUCUCAGUUGCCCCUGAGCCUCAAGCAGACUGACGAGACGGACCCAUGGUAUCUCUUCCUGAAAAGGCAGAUACCAUGUAAUCUCCGCAGCUGGGGGACUCUGCUCAACACGUUCGACGAGCUCGAACGCAAAUUUGUCGACCACAUGCGAGAAAACGUUUCAGGUGGAGUUUGGAGCGUGGGUCCUGUGCUCCGGGAGGUUUUCGACAUCAACCACGGUUCAAAUCAUGGCGCCUGUUUGCAGUGGCUGGAUUCCCAUCUUCCAAGAUCGGUUCUUUACAUUUCCUUCGGCACACAGGUGAGGAUCACAUAUCGGCAAACCCAGGAACUGGCACUUGGCCUGGAAGCCAGUCGAAUACCAUUCAUUUGGGCCGUGAGACCUCCGGUCGAGAUAACUGAUGGGUUCACUGACUUUCUGCCUGAGGGAUUCGAAGAACGGAUGGAGGAGUCGAAGCAGGGGCUUCUCAUUCGGGGCUGGGCUCCUCAGGUAAUGAUCCUCUCGCAUGGCUCUACCGGUGGGUUUUUGAGCCACUGUGGGUGGAAUUCUGUUCUGGAAAGCUUGAGCCACGGUGUGCCUAUAAUCUCUUGGCCCAUCGCUGCAGAGCAGUUUUAUAACUCCAAGCUCUUGGAGGAAGACGGUGGGGUCAGCGUCGAGAUUUGCAGGGGCAUCGAUGGAGAAGUGGACAAGGCCAAGGUGGAGAGGACUGUGAAGAUGAUUAUGGAAGGUGAAAAGGGAAGAGAGCUGAGAAAGAAGGCCAUGGACAUGAGAGACGCAACGAGGAAAGCUUUUUCAAACUUGCGUGAUGAAGGAAGGGAUACCAAUAUCAAUAUCAAUAUCAAUGGUUCCUCUCUCGCCAACAUCGAUGGAUUCAUAAAAGAAGUCAAUUUGUUAGCUUUGUCGUCAAAAUCCUUCUAGAGGAAACGUGUAAUACCUGAUAUGUUCGUCUUAAUACGAGAAGUUUUCUUUGUGUA